AUGGCUACCGUGAUCGAGCAAAUCAACGCGCUAAAGCCGCACGAGAGAUUCUGCUCGUUUGAAUUCUUCCCUCCCAAAACAGAUGCCGGUUUCCGGAACUUGUUGGCCAGAUUACAUCGUAUGAUGGCCCUCAAUCCUCUCUUUCUAUCCAUUACCUGGGGAGCGGGCGGAUCCACUUCUGAAAAAUCCUUGGAUUUGGCUGCCACGUGUCAAAAGGAGUUGGGAGUGACCACCGUCUUGCAUUUGACGUGUACCAAUACCAACAAGGAGGUUAUUGACCAUGCUUUGAGAAAGGCUAAGGAAGCCAAUAUCCGCAACAUUUUGGCGCUCAGAGGAGACCCACCAAGAACAGAGGAAUACUGGACGCCGAAUUGUGACUUCAAAAAUGCCGUUGACCUUGUGCGCUACAUCAAGGAGCAGUACGGCGACUACUUCUGUAUCGGUGUUGCUGGAUAUGCCGAGGGCCACGCAGAUGGCGCAGACACUUCGGAGCAAGACCCUGCGAAGGACAUCCCAUAUUUGGAAGAGAAGGUGAAAGCUGGUGCGGACUUUAUCAUUACUCAGUUAUUCUUUGACGUAGACAAGUUUGUUGCUUACGAGAGUAUGCUUCAACAGAACCCGAUCCUCAAAAAGGCGGUCCUAAUACCCGGCUUGAUGCCAAUUACCACUUUCAAAGUAUUUGUGCGUGCUACCAAAUUGUCACACGCACUGGUUCCUCCCCAAAUACUCGAGAGAGUGGCCGCCCCUGGAAACGAUGAUGAUAUGGUUAAAGCCAUCGGUAUCGAUAUUGUUUCCGAUAUGAUUGAGCAAGUCCAUACCAGAACUGAAGGCAGAAUCCGCGGUUACCAUUUCUAUACGCUAAAUUUGGAAAAGUCGGUUGCUUCCAUUGUUGAGAAGUCGCCUGUGCUCAAUGCUACCAGUUUGCAACAGGGCGUGGACCACGACGAUGCCAUCGACUCUGACUCAGAUUUCGAGGGGCCCAUUCCUGUGAAGCAAGGAAGAAACUCUUUCAUCUCAGAGAACCUUGCUGGCACCGAAGAUGCUCGAUUGGUCAUGGUCUCUCGUGCCAUCUCCGCUGACAGAAAGAAGAUUGUUGACAUAAGUAAAGGAAAAGGUCUGCUAGGAAAGGACGCCACCUGGGAUGAUUUCCCCAAUGGCCGUUUCGGUGAUUCAAAUUCUCCUGCCUAUGGUGAAAUUGACGGUUACGGUCCAACAUUAAAACUUCGUUCGUCUGAAGAAGUCAUGAACACUUGGGGCUGCCCUGAGACUCACAGUGAUAUUACAAAAGUUUUCAUGGAGUAUCUCUCCGGAAAGAUAUCAGUAUUGCCAUGGGUAGACUCGGAGAUUUCGUCGGAAACUGCUCUCAUUCAGGAGGAGUUGUUCGAUUUGAAUCAAAAAGGUUGGUUCACCUUGGCUUCUCAGCCAGCAGUGAAUGGCUGUUCUUCUGCAGACAAAAUUCUCGGUUGGGGUCCACCUAACGGUAGACUCUUCCAAAAGGCAUUUGUCGAAUUCUUCAUUCCAAAAGAUACAUGGAACAACUCGCUAUAUCCUAGACUCAAGGAUGCUUUUGAUGAGAGAGAGUUGACAUACUUCUGUGGAGAUUCGAACGGGACUAUCACAUCAAACCUUGAUCUUAACAAAAAUUCUCAAAGCAGCAAGACUGCCGUCACUUGGGGUGUAUUCCCAUCCAAAGAGGUUCUCCAGCCAACGAUUAUUGACUCACACUCAUUCAAGGCAUGGAAUGAGGAAGCGUUUUUGCUUUGGAUUGAAUGGGCUAGAUGCUACAAAAAAGGAACCAAAAGUUACGAAUUGUUGAACAAUAUUUACAACACACACUAUUUGGUGAGUAUAAUCCACCACGAUUUCACAUCUGAGCUUGGUUUGUGGGAAAUGUUGCUUGAAAACUGA